AUGAAGACUGCCGCCCUCGUCGCUCUCGUCGCCAGUGGUGCCCUCGCGGUGCCCCGGGGCAAGACUCUGGCCGAGCUCUCCCUCCCCGGCCCGCACGACUACAAUCCGAGCCAGAGCCUGUAUCCGCAGCGCGCUCUGCGUGUCAUUGGGAGCUUCAAAACUGGCUACGACGAGGAGGCGUUUCGCGCCGAGGCUGUCAAGCAGUGCAAGGCUGAGCAUGCGUGCAGCACCGUCAUUGGCUACCUGCAGGAGCGCUCUGGCGUCGUGUACGGUUCGGCGUACCCCGUGUGGUUCGCUUGGCUGAUUGGUGGUGCGAGAGCCACGGAGAAGGACUUUCAUCAUUCAGAAGGCAUCAGUCACUCGUUCAUCUACACUAUCGAGGAUUAG